UAUUUCUACACAGGCCUGUCACGGCCGAUUUUAGUGGUGAAGCAAAAACCUCACAUUUAAAAUUGCUAUAAAACAGAUGGCAUUAACCUGAUGGUUUUAACCCUCCCUCUCUCCCUGUGACGCAGAGGAAACACGCUGAACUCCUCUCUCCGUUAACCCUCUUUGUUCCGGUCCUGUGUAGAUUAGUGUGAACCCGAUCGGAGCUCCAGCGGACGGUGUUGCCUCUUGAGGCCGGGUAUCAGACGCAGAUUCCGGCUGCGGGGAUCGUGACCUGACAGGAGGCGAAUCUCGGCCUCCGUGCGGGAUUUUUAUCGGGAUUUAUUUCCGGCUCUUUGGGGCAUCUCUGGGCCGGGGUUGUGUGACAGUGUUGGAUCCGCGUGUACUCGGUUCUUGAUGCCGCGGAGGCCCCGACAAGCUCAGACUGCGGAGCCCCAGAGCAGGGCUCGGACACCUGGGAAGUAGAGCAGUUUGUCUGGGAUCAGACCCGGGUCCGUCUACCAUGAACCCUCUGAACCAGAUGAAGGCUGGACUGGCCAACAACCCUCACAGUGAUGGCUCGUACCCAUACAACCCCUCCAGCUGGCAGCAGCCCACCAAUCAGCCGGCAGGGUCUCUCUCAGUGGUCACCACUGUGUGGGGAGUGACCAAUCCCUCGGCCAGCCAGGGUCUGGGUGGAGGGGUGAUGGGGCCUGGAGCCAACUCAGGCGGGGGGCCCAUGAUGCAGGGUCCUGGUGGACCGGGCAUGGCCGGCGGGCCCGGAGGCUACAUGGGCCAACCGAGCUACGGAGAGCCCAGCAAAGGCUACAUGAACCAGGGCAUGUACAGCCGGACGAGUGGUGGCUACGCUGGAGGACCGGGGGGGUUCACGGGCAGUUACCCGUCGAACCCUGCAGGCUCCCGAGGCUCUGCUGACUUCACUCAGGCUGCUGCGGCCGCUGCUGUCGCUGCUGCUGCUGCCACGGCAACCGCCACUGCCACGGCAACUGUAGCCGCCAUCCAGGAGAAGCAGAACCAGGAGAUGAACUACGGACAGAUGGGAGGACCAGCCUACAACAACCAGUUCAUGGCCCACUCCGGGCCCCGCGGCCCUCCUGGCAUGGCUCCUGGAGGAAUGGGCCCCGGUCCCGGCCCCCCAAGAGGUCCACCAUCUAUGGGCCCCAUGUACGGGCCUGGAGGGGUCCCACAGAGGGUCCCUCAGCACCCAAACUAUGGUCCAGGACCACAGCAAGCACACCUGAGGCCCCAGCAGGGCCUCAAACGGUCCUACAACUCUGAGACGUUCCCGGGAAUGUCUCAGCAGUACGGCGUUCCCGUCGGCUCCAGCGUGAACGUCAUGUCCGGGCCUGGCAGCGCCGUCGGCUCCAUGCCGGGUUCAGGUGGGGGUGGCCACACCGGGCCCGGCCCCUACUCCGGCCCCAACAUGCAGUACCACCCAGGUCCUGGUGGUCCGGGCCCCACCCCCCAGCGCUCUGGCUCCUCCCCUUCAUAUCAGAGCCAUAAAAUGCCCCUCCCACAGUACCCCCCCUCUGGACCCCCCAACUCACAGUACUACAAGGACCAGUUUAACGGUCAGGGUGGAGGUUUAAACUCUCUGACCACGGGAGGUGCCGGGGGGGCUUACAACUCCUUCAACCAACCGUCGGGGCCUGGACGAGGGUUGCCUGGUUACCCAUCCUCCCCUGUUCCUGGGAACCCGACUCCCCCCAUCACCCCCAGCAGCUCCAUGGCCCCGCCCUACAUGUCACCUGGCAACAGUGAUGUCAAGCCGAUGCCCUCUUCCUUUCUGCCCGACAUCAAACCCAACAUGGCCAGUCUGGCCCCUCCCCUGCCUACAGGUAACCCCAGCGACGACCUGCGGUUGACGUUCACGGUGAGAGAUGGCGUGGUCCUGGAGCCCUUCAGACUGGAGCACAACCUGGCCGUCAGCAACCACGUCUUCCAGCUGAAAGAGUCCGUCUAUCAGACGCUCAUCAUGAGACCCGACCUGGAGCUCCAGUUCAAGUGUUAUCACCACGAGGAUCGACAGAUGAACACCAACUGGCCCGCCUCCGUCCAGGUCAGCGUGAACGCGACUCCUCUCACCAUCGAGCGAGGCGACAACAAAACUUCCCACAAACCCCUGUACCUGAAGCAGGUCUGUCAGCCGGGCAGGAACACCAUCCAGAUCACCGUCACCGCCUGCUGCUGCUCUCACCUGUUCGUCCUCCAACUGGUCCACCGUCCCUCGGUCCGGUCGGUGCUACAGGGUCUGAUGAAGAAGAGGCUGCUGCCGGCGGAGCACUGUGUCACCAAGAUAAAGAGGAACUUUAGCAGUGGGUCCAUCUCCGGGACACCCGGGUUAAACGGAGAGGAUGGCGUGGAGCAGACCGCCAUCAGAGUGUCUUUGAAAUGUCCCAUCACUUUUCGCCGCAUCCAGCUGCCGGCCAGAGGCCACGACUGCAGACACAUACAGUGUUUCGAUCUGGAGUCGUACCUGCAGCUGAACUGUGAGAGAGGAACGUGGAGGUGUCCUGUGUGCAAUAAAGCGGCUCUGCUGGAGGGACUGGAAGUGGACCAGUACAUGCUGGGAAUCCUCAUCUACAUCCAGAACUCUGAGUACGAGGAGAUUACCAUCGACCCGGUGUGCAGCUGGAAGCCAGUUCCUGUGAAACCGGACAUCCAUGUGAAGGAGGACCCAGAUGGUCCAGUUCUGAAACGCUGCAGAACCCUCAGUCCGAGUCACAUGGUCCUGCCCAGCGUCAUGGAGAUGAUUGCAUCACUCGGGCCCAACCCCUCCUCCUCGUCCGCCCCCUCCUCCUCACCGAUGAACUACCCCUCCCUGUCUGCAGGGGGCAGCAAUAACAGCAGCAGCACAUCCGACUUCCCCGGAGCAGCUCCGUCCUAUCCCGCUCCAUCAGCCUCCUUCUCCGACUUCAGCGGUCCUGGAACUCCCGGCAUCGGUGGGGAAUUCUCCUCCCCCGGUCCUCCCCCUCUUUCCUACCAGUCCGAGCUCUCCAGUGCCCUCCUCACCCCUGACAAGCCCCCCCCUCACCCACUGGCUGUACAGAUGUCGGGUCGUGUAGACUCCAUUCCCCAUGGUGCCCCUCUCCCCCAGCAGCACUCACAGGGUCUCCAUGGUAACAUCCAGAUGAUGCAGCGCAGCAACCCGAAUCCCCGUCUCCAAGGUGACGUCUCCUUCGGGCUCGGUGGGUCUGCCGAUGUUCCAGAACCUUCUCUGGAUCUGCUACCGGAACUGACCAACCCUGACGAGCUGCUGUCGUACCUCGGACCUCCAGACCUCCCGAACAACAACAACGACGACCUGCUGUCCCUGUUUGAGAACAACUGAACAUAAACUCUCUCGGAGCUCCAGAAUCUAAAUGGAUCAGGCCGACACAUCACUGUAACAUACGAACUGUUCUCCUCAUCCGCCAACACCGCGGCCGGUCCAACAUGGCCGCCACCUGCACACAAUGAUGAGGAGAACAGCUUUUAAAGAUGAAACCUCUUUGUGUGACUAGGAACUUGAUGGUAACUUUAUUAUUUUAUUGUUUUUUAUUCCCUGACUGUAUUUUGAAGCUUCAUCCUUCAUUCCUCACUGCUGCAGCAGCCAUCACUAAAUAUUUAAUGUGACUGUCGGUGGAAAACCACGCUGUUGUUUCAACCAACACCCGAGCUGAAACGUGUAGAAGCAGCAUCGAGCUUCUUCCCAGCCGGACUGAGCCUAGUCUAACGUUCCAGUAGCUGAAGAUGAGCUUUAAAGGAGCGGUCCUCAUGUGCUUCUUCAAUCAUGUUUCUGUUUUCAAAUAGAAAAACGGGAUUUACCCCAAGCUACACUGUGGUGGGAACAGUUUCUGCCAUCUAGUGGUCAAGAUAGCAACCAUCUCAAAGUCCGUCCACCCACUAACUUUAUCUGGAUCUGGACCGCUUCAGCAUCAGGUGGUGUUUCCUCACAGAUUAAACCUGUUUUAUCUGGUCACCCACCACACCCAUCAGCCUCUUUUACCAGGUCAACCUGUGAUUAACCCUUAAAGCUCCAACCAUGUUUCUGUUAUUUUAAUCUGAACCUGUCUGUAGCAGCUGAAGCUUUUAAAGGUCCCAUAUUAUACAUUUUUUUCAACAACUUCAUGCGGGUGCCAGUGGUCCGACAACAUUGUUUUCAAAGUGUUUUACCUCAAAUUCAGCUGUGGUCCUUCAUCUCAGCCGUACCAGGUGUGGCUCUAGUGUCUCUACUGAGAACGGCUGUUUCUGUGUCUGAACCUUUAUACGUUCAUGAGUGGCGCCUGGCCACGCCCCUCUCUGGGAGAGGCUCCAGCGUUAUUUGCUGAAACUCUUCUUCCGAACAGGAACUUCAGCAUCAUCUUUCUACGUGUGGGGAUUUCAGCUUCCUCUGGUUAAUGAUUGUAAAGCUACUGGCUGGAAAAUGAGGCAGGUGUUGGUGGUGAUCCUGAGCUCUCAGACUCAGUCAUAACUUCAGAAUAUCAACAUAAAGUCUGUCAGAGCUGCAGUUUGAGACGAGUCAGGUCACUUUGCUGAUUUGUACCUGCCUUAAAAAUCUUCAAGAAAAUUAAUCUCAAGUCCACAGCUGUCCAUCUUUUUACGUCUGUGGGACUCGAUUCCGCCUCAGAUUGCAGCUACCUGGUCCAGUGAGGUUCUGUCAGAGGCUCGGCCCACUGCUCGUCUGAUGGAAGACGUGAACAACACACAAAGCUUCAUCUUCAUCCUCAUCUUCAUCCACUGUAUGUUGUGAAGUGAGUGUACAGUCCGGACUGUGGUGGUGUCUUCAAGUCCCAGGGAGCCCAGUGGCUUCUGGGUAAAUUUAGUGUUCUGAUGACUGUAUGAUUCAGUAACGAUGCUAAUAACCUGAGUAAUAAGACUAAUAACCUUUGUAAUUUAAUAAACACACUGGAAAGGCGAA